CCGGCCGGGAGGAGCCAGCGCUGGCGGCCGCCCCGCCCUUAGCGACCGCGGGGCCCGGCCAUGAGGCUGAGCCGGGCGGCCGUGCUGGCGCGGGCCAAGGCCGUCGCGCUCGAUGGGGUCCGGCGGCUGAACUGCUGGGGCAGCCACCUCACCGAUAUAUCGAUAUGCCGGGAUCUGCCCAACGUUGAGGUGAUCACAUUCAGCCUGAAUGGCAUCUCAGACCUUGAGCCGCUGAACCAGUGCCAGAAUCUGAGUGAGCUCUACCUGAGGAAGAACAACAUUGCAAGCCUGAAUGAGCUCUUCUACCUCAAAAACCUGCCCCGGCUGAGGGUCCUGUGGCUGUCUGAAAACCCCUGCUGUGGGUCGGACCCCCACCGCUACAGGAUGACAGUGCUCCGCAACCUCCCCAGCCUGCAGAAGCUCGAUAAUCAAGCCGUGACAGAGGAAGAGCUGUCCCAGGCCCUGGUUGAUGGGGAGGAAAUCACUGCCCCACCAGCCAGGAGGAGUUUGGAGAAUGGCUGCUCUGCGUCCACAGAGUCCAGUGCUGCUGAAUCCACAAUGGAGACUGAGAGCGAGCUGCUGAGCUUCGGUUUGGAGGAGACCAACAAAAUUCGAGAGCAGCUUGGUAUGAAGCCUGUUCCUAGGGAUAAAUUUUCCUCCUCCUCACCUCAAGAGAUGGACUGUGGCCGAAAGACGAGAAUCAGAGUGGGGGCACGUCCUUUCUCGCUCUUCAUGCGGUCACACUGGAGAGAGGACAGCUGCUCAGUUGAGUGCCCUUUUCCCUACAGGAGCCAGAGAACAACGUGCUGAAUGCCAUCCUGCUUCUCACGAAGGAGCUGGACGCAGAGGGUCUGGAGAUCGUCCAGCAGACAGUGGGGAGGAGGCUGCAGGCCUUCCGGAAGAGAGAACUGCAGGAGGAGUGACGAUGCGUGCCGCAUCCUCCCUGGAGCAUUCCGCGAGCUGGGGAGUUCUCCCCAGCCCAGAAGCACCACUCUGUCCAUACAUGCCUGGCUCAGCACAUCCCGCUGCACUUCCCCUGUGGGUGGGGUGAUGCUGGCUGCAGAGAAACUGCCCCUUUAGCUCUCCUGACAUUGCCCCUGGCUGUGUGCAUCACGCUGGCAGGAUCUGCCUCUCGGGAACUUUCCUGCUGGCGUGGCACGCUCUGUUAAUGUGUGCAUGUCACGUCACUGGGGUCAUUCGAUGGGAGCCACAGUGGGAUCAGCAAGCAAAAGCUAGCAGGGCUGUGGGCAGAGGUGCUUCUGUGUUCUACAAAUGAAGGGGCUGGCAAAGCCUGGCGGCAGCCAGAAAUUACACUACUUGUAGGUUGCUCCCUGUUGGCCGAGCACUUGGCUAGUUGUCGUUCUGUGUCUGCAUAGAGCAGGUUCUGAAGGGAGCUUCUCUCCCAAAGAUUUGUUUGAAUCUUGGAAAGACGCUGCCUAAAGGAUUUUCAAGAACUCGCUGAUGCAGAUGGUGAAGGUCAAUGACACAUUCUCAAUUUAUCUUAAACUCCUGAUUUCUUCUGGCCUUGUUAGUACAAGCAGCAUCUGACUUAGUGAUCAGGUGGCCCAAAGAAGACCUUGGUGCAGCCUGGGUGAAACAGCAAAUCCUGAAUGCUGAGCUAUAGUUUUGCCCCUGCAUGUCCCUGCAGGCGUUAGAGCAGACUAAGGAAAUUUAACCUUGAAGCAAAAUGCCCCUGUGCAUUUUGGGAGAAAUUGAGCCAAGCAUUAAUGUUGGAAUGCACAUGUAUCAAGGGUGGUGCUUAACUGAAAAAGCCGAAUUCAGAAAAAUUUUGCAAAGCUGUUAAAUACCACUUGAAACAUUGUGACGUAGCAAAUAAAAGCCAUUUUCCCUCCA